UGAGAGUUGUAGGUAUAUUAUGUGCUAUUGAUGUUAAAUAUAUACUUGCAAAGAUUUUGAUAUCGUAGUCAUAGUGCUGAACGAUGUUUGCACCAGUUAAUCAAGGUAUAAGAAGAAUAUCAACAAGCAAAGUUGCUUACACGAUGUGCUGGCCAAGCAACGAGUUUGGGCCCGACCGCGUACAAAGAACGUUUAUGUUUAACGGCAUCAAGGUAGCUGCAUCGAAGACUAUGGGGAACCAGAUGGCUGCCUGUACUGUUAUGUUUCAGGCAGGGUCCCGGCACGAGGUGUGCGACGACCUGGGCGUGUCGCACUUCCUGCGUGUCAUGUCGGCCGCCAGCAGCCAGGGCUGCUCCUCCUUCUCCAAGGUUCGCGUGCUGCAGCAGCUCGGAGCGCACCUCACCUGCACCUCCACCCGGCAGUACACGGCGUACACCCUCGCCUGCCCGCCUCCUCUGUUCCCCGACAUUAAAUACUAUCUACUUGACACGGCCACGAGAGGCUGUUUUAACGAUUGGGAUAUCAGUGACGUCAGGCCACACAUCCGCGACGACCUCACAAGACUGAGUCCUGAACAGCGCGUGAUAGACCUGGUGCAGAAAGCCGCCUUUUCCGGGCCCUUGUCUAACUCCAUCUACUGCGAGGAAGACAGAAUCAACGACAUAUCACAUUCUAAGAUGUGCAACUUUGUCCACCAAAACUUCAGGACCUGCGAAUGUACUGUCGCCAGCGUCGGGCUACCUUUCGAGGAAACUUUGAAGGUUGCCGACAAGAUUGACACGCAACAGAGACGGAUGGGAGAGUCUGCUUGCUGCUACGCGGAGUCACGCCCGAAGAGAGGAUUUGAGUCCCAUGAUCUGGGGAGCUGUAGCGAGACAUGGAUAGCGGCGGUCUUACCUGGAUGUGGCACCAUGGACUUUGGGAGACUUAUGAAGCUAGCGGUUGUAGCGGAGGCCUGCGGGACGGGCAAUGUUUCUCAGGGCCAGCACGAUACGGACCGCGUGGGUCAGGGAGCUCUCAGCGACUUCUCCAAAGACAUAUUCACAGACUACAGAGCUUUUAAUAUCUCUUACUUCGAAACUGGACUUUUUGGUAUCGUCGGCAAGUCCCUCGCAUCAAAUGCAUGCACCACCGCGAAAAAUGUAGUCUGUUUCUUAUCAAAACUUGACUGUUUGACGGAAGAUCAACUGGAACUUGGCAGACGGAGAUUGAAGCUAGCUCUCGCCCAAGAGUACGACAAUUGUGUCGCCGAGAGCCACAGCCUAGCGCUGCAGCUUGCUAACAACGUGCAGUUCAACAAUGUGCAGGAGCUUUUGGCGUCUGUAGACUGUAUCCCGAUCGAAGAACUCUCCGCAACUGUAAAAAAUUUGUCGAGCAAGAAAUGUGACAUGGCUCUAGCAAUAGUCGGUGACUUGGGAGCUGCGCCUCAUGACAAGGAACUUUUAAAUUUUUAGAAUCUACUAUUAUGAUUAUGACUAUUGAAGCCUAGUGUAUCUGAAAUUGUUAUACGUACUAAAACCUUCUUUAUUAAAUCACUUAAAUAAAUGUUGUUUUUAUAUUUUAGA